CUAUGUCCAUUCCUGGCCUGUAUGGUUUUGUUCAGUUGUUCAUUGGAGAUUCGGUCACCAAUGGGUCCUGCCUCUGUAGAAUUUAUUGAUCCAAGGGAACCUGUGGUGCGGCUAACAUGGAUAGCCUUGAGACAUGCUAGUCCACCACGAGCUCCGCAGCCAAAGACCAGCAAAACUAAAAAAAAUUCAAAUGUCGAGACCUACAAGGAUUGGAUUAACACUCUCCUGUUGGUGGCAACAAUUAUUAUCACUGUGACCUUUGCGGCUGGUAUCACUGUUCCAGGUGGAUAUGAUGACUCUAAAACUCACAAGGGCAUGGAACUUAUGGUAAAAAAGUCUGCAUUUCAAGUAUUCGUGAUCGCUAAUGCUGUAGCUAUGUAUAGUUCCAUUAUUGUUGCUGUUUUGCUCAUAUGGGCACAGUUGGGAGAUCUUAAUCUCCGUCAUGUUUCCUUGAAAUUGGCUUCGCCGUUGUUUGGAGGAGCUCUUAUGAUGCUCGCAAUAUCAUUCAUGACAGGUGUUUAUCUGGUGGUGAGCAACCUUAAUUGGCUUUCUUAUGUUAUUUUGAUCAUGGGCUUAACCUUUGUCCUUGCCCUUUCCACGCUGUUGAUUCUACUCUUUCUACCAACUUCCUUGAACCAUCGCAUGCUACGCUACAUCUUCUACUAUCCAUUUUCUCUUUUGCGAUUAAUCAGCAAAAAGUGGUGUUGAUGUCUGGUCUGUCGGUAUUGGAAAACUCUCUUUUAAUUUUUUCAAACAAGAAAAGUAUGUAAAAUUAUUGUAACAACCACAUCAUUCCUUUGGGCACUCCAUUAGAGGUAUGUGGAUUUCGUGUUUUUUUUUUUUAACU